AUGCGCUUGUUUCCUGGCACAAAGGGUAAGCAGAUCAAACGUGUGGACUCCAUGACAGCAGCGACCAGUGCCAAGAGGCCAUCCCUGCAGGGUCCGGUGCCCCCUCCUCGCAAGAAGACAAGCCCCAAACCAGAGCUGACUGAGGAGCAGAGGCAAGAGAUCAGGGAGGCCUUUGAACUGUUCGACACCGAUGGAUCUGGAUACAUUGAUGUCAAGGAGCUCAAGGUUGCAAUGAGAGCUCUGGGGUUUGAACCGAAAAAAGAGGAGAUCAAAAAGAUGAUUGGUGAGGUGGAUAAGGAUGGCACAGGGAAGAUCUCCUUCACUGACUUCUUGAGUGUCAUGACACAGAAAAUGGCUGAGAAGGAUUCCAAAGAGGAGAUCCUGAAAGCUUUCCGCCUAUUUGAUGAUGACGAGACAGGGAAGAUCUCAUUUAAGAAUCUGAAGAGAGUAGCCAAAGAGCUGGGAGAGAACCUGACAGAUGAUGAGCUGCAGGAAAUGAUUGAUGAAGCGGACAGAGAUGGAGACGGGGAAGUGAACCAGCAAGAGUUCCUCCGAAUUAUGAAGAAAACCUGCCUGUACUGA